ACAUUCUGCGCUCUCUGUUCGAUUUCUCCUCGACAGGCUCCGCCUUAGUUAGCAACAAUUACAUCAGCCUUCAGACUGUUAUCAAUAAUUAUUUCAUGUUAUCCCGUCGUUCACUUUUGCAUUCGCUUGCGAGGUCUUUGUAGCGCCCAAAACUUGGACGUCAUGGUUGUAAUGUAUUUGGGACACUUCUACCAAAUCUCCAACAAUCACACCAGCUCAAUCAAACUCAAUUAUUAAUUAAUCAAGAAUCGACUUUCAUGUCAUUCCAUCAACCAUUUCAAAUCGUCAGUAGCUUUUAAUGCAUCCACACUGUUGCAAUGGUUCCGGCAAGUACAAACCAGUUACUCACGUUAUAUUCGAUCUGGAUGGAACCAUCAUAGAUUCCGAAAGUGUUUACGCUAAAGCUUUGCAACAAACUAUUGAAGAUUAUGGAUGCGAAUUCUAUCCAGAUUUUAUCACCAAAGUGCAGGGUUCUGUAGAAAAGCAAGUUGGCCGGAUCGCAAUUGAGACGUUCAAUCUGGAUACGACGCUCGAGGAAUUUAUUAAACUAUACAAUUUUCAUUCGAAUAAAUAUCUGGGCGACUUGGAGCUAAUGCCAGGAGCGGAAAGAAUGAUAACCCAUCUGCACAACCACAACGUCCCGAUAGCAGUGGCAUCUUCUACAAACCGGGAAGCUUUCGAGCUAAAAACGAAUAAAUACCAGCAACUAUUCGCUUGUUUUCACCACAUUGUCUGCGGUGGAACCGAUCCAGAAGUAAAAAAUGGAAAACCGGCGCCUGAUAUCUUUCUAAUAGCGGCAUCAAGGUUCGAUAAUCCUCCAGAGCCGGCCAAAUGUUUGGUUUUCGAAGAUUCAAAGAAUGGAAUGCUGGCCGCAGUGGCUGCAGGAAUGCAGGUGGUUAUGCUGCCAGAACCGCAGGUUUCUUACGACAUUUGGAAGUUGGCCACUUUGCGGCUGGAUUCCUUCAAUUACAUGCUCCCUGAGAUAUUUGGGCUGCCCCCUUUCUCUCAAGAGGACACAGCUUUGGUAUUUGCAGAUGCUAAAGUUACUCUAACGGAACCUAUUCAAGUUUUGCUUGAUCCAGAGGAGAAAAAGGAGAGUGGCAAACGUGUGGUAUUGGAUGAGUCGUCUUUGAUAAGCAACGAUCAGAAUUAAACGGUUUUAUUGAAA